CGUAAUAAUAUAAUCGUCGAAUAAAUAACAUAACAUAACAAUCAAAAUUGUCGUCAUCGUCGUCAUUGUAUCAUUUGACGGGUGAUUGGGUGAUUGGUGGGUGACGGUUAAGGGGGUGAAGAGGAGGAGGAGGAGGAGGUUUCGUGACGUAGUAGAAUAGUAAUAGUAGUAGUAAAAGAGGAAGUGGAGGAAGAAAAGAAGAAGGAGGAGGAGGAGGAGGAGGAUGGAGGUUCGCGGCGCACCCGCGAGUGAAGAAGCGGGCACCGGGACUCCUUCACCGGUUCCACCACCUUCGUCGUCGUCGUCUUCCUCGACGUCUGCAAUUUCAGCGUCGGCAUCGGCUUCGGCAUCGGUUUCGGCCGUGGUUUCGUCAAUUUCGGCAUCGGUGUCAUCGGUUUCGUCGGGUUUGGUGUCCUCGGGUUCGGGUUCGGUGUCGGCAUCGUCAACGUCAAUUGCAGCGACGGUGGCGCCAUUGCCGGUAAUUGCAGCGUCAACACCGGCAACUAAUUGCGCGGCAAUGCCCGUCGCCGCGACGCACGGCGUCGCAAGUCCCCCUCAACAGACACCCCCGGCUGUCAUCGCAGCGGCCAUCGCCACUGCCACUGCCACCGCUGUUCCUAAGAUUUUCAGCAGGAACGUCAACGGAACUCUCGUACAAACGUCAGUCCCACAAAACGAAGCUGAAUUGCAAUUGUAUCGAGUUAUGCAGCGAGCUUCUUUACUCGGAUAUUACGAUACUCUACUGGAAAUGGGUGGGGACGACGUUCAACAAUUAUGCGAUGCUGGUGAAGAAGAGUUCCUCGAAAUUAUGGCAUUGGUCGGCAUGGCAAGCAAACCUCUUCACGUACGAAGACUUCAGAAGGCUCUUCAGGAGUGGCUCACCAAUCCCUCUCUUUUUCAAACACCAGUCGUACCAUCAACCGGGACAUGUAAAAAUCCACCAGCGGUCGUUGGUUUCCCUUGUGCCAGUCCUCGUGCACAAGUACAAGUUCCACAAGUGCCACAAGUACCACAACAAGUCGCUGUUUUCUCAACGACAUCGUCUACCAGUGUUACUACCACGUCAACCAUGCUUCCAUGUCGUAGUGUCAGUCCUAUUGUUUCGGUUACUAGCGUAGCAGCAUCAGCUGGUUCUACGACUUAUAGGCAAACACCGAGUCCCGGUUCAUCGAUAUUACCAGUCGCGGCAUCCUACAUACCACCGACUUCCCACAGUCCUGGUGUACUUCAAGUUGGCACCUGUGAAUCUUCCUGCGGCAGUGGAACUACCCCGAGUCCUAGUGGCACCUGUGCACCAGCUAGUCCAACUCAAUUAACACCUACUUUGUUACACUCACAAAUACAACGGCUUGCUGAAGCUGCUGAGAGACUUGCUGCUACGAUCAGACCGGUCGAUCCUAAACCUCAUAACGUUAAAAAGAAAUUUUGUAAAAAUCUCGAAUUGGUCAUGGCAAUGCCAGACAAUGAUCCACGUAGAAUGGAAGAGAUUAGAAAGUAUGCAGCAAUUUAUGGUAGGUUUGAUUGUAAAAGAAAACCUGAGAAACCUUUGACGUUACACGAGAUCUGCGUGAACGAGGCUGCAGCACAGAUAUGCAGGUUCGUACCAGCACUUUUGACCAGGAGGGACGAACUAUUUCCAUUGGCACGUCGAGUGGUACGAGAUUCCGGUUAUCAUUAUGUUAAAAGUCAAUAUUUGUCAAUGUCCUCAGCGAGGCAACGUGAAAAUGGUGAGGAGAACGAGUUAGAGCGAGGUAAACGAAGAAAGCUCGAACUCGAGGGUGAGGCCGAGGACGCGAUGCAGGAAGAGUUGGAUUUACGAUGUUCCGUCAAUGAAGUUAAUAACAGUGGCAUCAGAAGACACGGCUCUUCGAGUCCAGUUUGGAGGAAGAAGAGUAAUAACGGAGUAUUUGGUAGUAACGUUGAGGAAAUCAGCGAUUCGGAUAGUCAAUUUUCAUUUUCCAAUGAAGAAUCAUCGUCGAUGCAUUCAUUUCGUAUCGUAUUUCAGGACACCAUAGACGCAGAAACGGAAAAUACGGACAAGGAAAACGAUUUCAAUUUAAAAGUUAUAGCAUCUCGCGGAGAUAACAUAAUAGCUGUUGCAAAUCCUGCCUUGAUGGAAUGUGGUCAUCCAAUAAAAGAAGAGCCCGCUGAUGAAAAACCUACGCUGUGAUAUUAUUAUAAUAAUCUUGUAAUGAUAAUUGAUCGAAACGAAAUCAUGUUGUUGUUGUUUCUUUCAUGAUUAUUACUCAAUAUUAUUUGUUCACGCGGAACAUUCAAACACAUCAUUGUAGUUUCAUUGGAUAUUAUGAUUCCUGCAAUUGUUAGUGUCAUUGCUAUCAACAUAGUUGAUGAUUAUUAAUAAUAAUAAUGAUGAUGAUGAUAAUGAUGAUGAUGAUGAUGCUUGGUUACAGAAAUGUAUCAGGUUGAAUGCAAGAAAAAAAAUAAUAAGAUUACUUCUUCCAAUUAGUCGACAUCGUUAUAAUACGAUUCGACAAUGAGAGAUUUUGAGACAAUUGUCGCUUGUUAUCUAGUUUUAGUAUUAAAUUCAUAUUAAUAAAUAAAUAAAUAAAUAAAUAAAUAAAUAAAACAAAUAAAUACUCGCACAUCGUAUUAUGGCAUUUUUAGGAAAUUUAUAGACUGUAAAACUAGCGCGUUAAGACUUGAUAACAAAAAAAAAACAACACACACACAAAUAAAAUGCUAUUCGUCGAUGUACAAGAUAUUAAAAAA